CUUUGAAGCCGAUUGGUCUGUCUCUUCUUGCCUCUGGCGACUGACAAACACCUCCCCAGUGGUGCUGGCCCUCUGUGAGCAGCCAAGGCAUUCAGUCAAACAACUAAGCAGGCAGGCAUGCAGACUUCAGCAAUCUAAAACAACUCCAUGCUACUAGCACAGCCUGAGGGGAAGCGAGAGAAAGAAAUAAUAAAAAGAAAGACCAAAUAGAAAGCAAGAACAAGAGAAAUUGCACUUGUAGACUGUUCUAUUAAAUUAAAUUGUCCUGGAUGUGAUUGUUGGAUUCUGCAGAGCAAGUCUUCUUCAUGAGCAAGCUGCAACUCUCAGAAAUUUCAAGGCAUUUACAGGUCACAGAUCUGCCACUAUGGUUAAAUGUCUUGUUUAAUGGUUGAGAGGUGUGGAGCAAUCGCAUUUGAAAGUCCUGAUCAGAAUGCCAUAUGUUUUUGCAUGCUUGCUUGCUCACUCUCAAUCUCUCUCUCUCACUUAGGAAUAGUUACUCAGGCUACAGGGACCUUGAGAGUACAUUUGGGCAUUUGGUUUUGUGAGAGAGAGACACAGGCACAUAGACAGGAGUAGGAGGAACACUGAUCUUGCUGUCCCACAAUACGGUCCUGUGCAGUACCUCUGCUUGUUUGUAGUGCUGGAAGUGAGCAUCCAGGAGGAUGCCUGUAUUAAAUAGAUUCUUGAACUCGGAGAUAGGCAGGAGGUGGAUGGCAGCUGAGGAGCUGCUCCCUAGCUCUGUCUGGACACUCUCUACCUACCAGCAAGGAGCACUGACCCUGGAGCUACCUGAGUUAAUCCAACUGGUGAAGCUGGUGUGGAAAUCCAAGCACAACCUACAGGGACCAAAGAAGAGGGGAAUGUUUGAAAAUGAAGAUGCCUUGUCUAAUUAUCAAGGAGAUGCACAAGUGAGAGAGCAAACAGGGGUUCUCUCUGAGCGCAGAGGAUCCUUUCCGUUCAUAGAUUUCCGAUUACUAAACACAACAGCAAAUUCAGGAGAAAUCGGCACCAAGAAAAAAGUGAAGAGACUGUUAAGUUUCCAGAGGUAUUUUCAUGCAUCCAGACUGUUGCGUGGAAUUGUGCCACAGACCUCUCUACACCUUUUAGACGAAGACUACCUUGGACAAGCAGGGCACAUGUUGUCGAAGGUUGGAACAUGGAAUUUUGACAUUUUCUUGUUUGACCGACUCACCAAUGGAAACAGCCUGGUUACUCUUUUGUGCCACCUUUUUAACACUCAUGGUCUUAUUCAUCAUUUCCAGCUGGAUAUGGUGAAAUUGCACCGGUUUCUAGUUAUGGUGCAGGAGGACUACCACAACCAGAAUCCUUACCACAAUGCUGUCCAUGCUGCUGAUGUAACUCAAGCCAUGCACUGCUACCUAAAGGAGCCCAAGCUUGCCAGGUAUCUCACCCCUCUCGAUAUUUUCCUGGGACUGUUAGCAGCUGCAGCUCAUGAUGUUGAUCACCCAGGAGUCAACCAACCCUUUCUGGUCAAAACCAAACACCACCUUGCAAGCUUGUACCAGAAUGUGUCCGUAUUGGAAAACCAUCACUGGAGGUCGACAGUGGGCAUGCUUCGCGAGUCAGGGCUCCUGUCCCACCUGCCUGUGGAAAUGACGCAGGACAUUGAACAACAGUUGGGUUCCCUAAUUCUGGCAACAGACAUUAGCCGGCAGAAUGAAUUUCUCGGCAGUUUUAAAAUUCAUCUGGAUAAUGAUGAUCUGAGUUUGGAAGAUGCAGAGCACAGGCAUUUCAUACUGCAGAUUGCUCUGAAGUGCGCUGAUAUCUGCAACCCUUGCCGGGUGUGGGAGAUGAGCAAGCAGUGGAGUGAGAGAGUCUGCGAGGAGUUCUACAGACAAGGUGACCUAGAGAGAAAGUUUGAACUUGAAAUCAGCCCUUUGUGUAAUCAGCACAUGGAUACCGUUCCUGCCAUACAAAUAGGCUUUAUGACAUACCUAGUGGAACCCCUCUUCGAUGAAUGGAGGCGAUUCACGGACAACACGCCCCUCACAGAGGCCAUGAUGAGCCACCUCAGGAAAAACAAAGCCAAGUGGAGGGCACUGCAUCACCAUCAGCCCUACAGGGGUGAUGAUGGCUCUGGCCAGCGCAGCGAGGUGGCUGAAGCAGGACCCUAACCUCAUAACAGGCAUCCCUCAACUAGGGUGUUGCUGUUUGAACUCCUCAUGGGAGGCGUCGGUGUUGAGAUCUAUCAAAAUGUUACAGGGUGCUCUUUAAGUGUUGCCAGUGGCAGAAAAGAGAAACAGAAAGAAAUCCUUUGCUCCCCCUCUACUUGCAUUCAUUUUGGAUUUGGUGGUCUUGCUUCCUCUGAAACGUACUCAAUCAACCAAGUUUGUUUUCCAAUGUGACUCCAAUGGAAGAAUGCCAUGGGUGAACGAGGAUAAGAGGCAACACAAGCAAAAAAAAAAAACCUGACACAUUUAAUGCAAAACAUAGCUGAAGUGAGCAUUCAAACAGCAGCUGGGCUGCACAUAAAAUAAAACCAGUAUGCAAACUCAAAUUAUACGUUUUUGUAGUUUGCACCAGCCACUGGUUGAGCUUUCAUACUUUGGACAAGUUUCCUUUUUACACAAGUUUAAAUAGUUGUUGUGGCCUCAUUUUGUAUAAGCAAAAUAUGGUAUGCUUUCUAUUAAAAGAGAAUCUACUGCAAAGUCUAUUUUUUAAUCAUUCAAGGGUAUAACCAACAAAGCACCAUGUCUGCAUUUCAGCUUUUUAUAUAUCUUUAUGUAUACUGUUAUUGGUUAUCGUUGUAUAUUUUUGUAAAUAAUUAAGCUGCUGAUUCACAUGCCAAAUUACUGUAUAAGAUUGGUACCUGUACAAAAUAGUGGCAUUUGUUUGUGUCACCCUUUAAAGAAUACUGUUACUUUUAAUACAAAGGGUAUUUGUAAAUAUUUUACAAAAAAAUCAUAAUACACUAUUGUGUGCAUAGUUAAGACUUAACAUUAUAAUUAUCCACUUUAGUACAAAACUAUCUUUGUGAUUAAAUUAAAACAGCAUUUUUAUAACAUUUUUUGUUUAUCAAAUCUAGGGCAUUUCUGGAAGUUCACAAUUCCCAAACAUUCCAUUGUGUCUUACACUGUGCUUAUUUUUGCAAUGCAUUAGCUUACACACAACAGACAGCUUAUUAGGUUUGAAACAUAUCUGUUUUAAAUUCUAGGGAAGUUUCAUUAUAAGAUCUUUCUUAUUAAGCUUCUGGCAAUAAAGCAGCUCAUUUAAGUUUUGUCAACAUUAAUCCAACCCAUAUGGACCACUGUUCUCUUCUGAUUAAUUGUUUGAAAUGCAAUGUCUGUGCAAGUAUGCCUAAAGUACCAUCUUUAUUAUAAAUGCAUUUGUAUUUCUACUCGUAGCAACACAUAAAAACGACAACAACAAAACCACUGGUAACACCUUUUUUUUUGUUUUUUUUUUAAAUCAUAGAAUUAACCCUAUUAGAACUUUAGAUAUUUUUAAAUAAAUAAAAAGUGACUGUUACCUCACUAUUGUUAGUCGUGCAUAUGAACAGAAAUAUUUCUAAGACAUUUAUACAUUUUUUGUAUCUACCUUUACAAUGAACAUCCUAUCCUCCUACACGUAUUAAGCAGUCAUUUAAUCACUGCCAGGUUUGUUUGUUUUUUUUUGGUACAUGUAAAUCCAUACAAAUUGCCACUGUGCCCAUACAGUAUUUGAAAUCCAAAGUAAGCCUGCUUAUUUAAAAAAAAUAAAAAUGUGUUGUACCUAUUUUCUCAUCACUGUGACAAGCAGAAACUGGCUUUUUAAAUGUUCAAACUAUUAAAUGUGAUUUCUUCAAAA